AUGUCCAAAGACCCCGAGCCAAAAACCGUGCAAAAUGUCGAAAUGGCCGACGCCUCACCCUCACCAUCUGCAAAGCGCAAGAGAUCCGGAACAUCACAACCACCGGUUACUCAAUUCACAAUCCGCAACCCGCCCUGGUCAUACCUCCACCUUUCCAUCAUGACAUCCGCACCAAACUAUCAACUAGAUGCUUUGACAGCACAUCUGCAUCUUCGUGCCGCUUUGUCGCAGUUCUUGGGACUGCAUGGAACGGCUAUACCAGUGGACAUUUUGAAACUAGAGGGGAGUGACGUGCAUGUGAGGGUGCCGAGGGAAGAUGCCAGUGCGGUUGUGAUUGCCGUGGGUGGAUGGGUGGGAAAAGGAGGAGAAGGGUGGAGGGUCAAGAGUCAAGGGUCCUGGGGUGUUGGGUUGUCGUCGAGUGCGGAGGUUGAUUUGUUCAAGUGA